AGGUUGUCAAACGGUGCCUAAAGAUCGGUCCGUAAUGGUUUAGUGGUAGAUUUUGGUUUCGGUUUCCAUUUCCCACUCCCGCCUCAUGCUCGAUCCUGUGAUCAUUUCAAACGAUUCUCUCCGUCUCUCUCUCUACCCUAGCGUUCUUCCCAUGGAAAUGACGGAGGAAAUCACGGAGGAGCAGAGGAAAAGAGCUGAAGCAAACCUACUUGCGGCUCUGGCAAAGCGUCGUCAGGCAGCAGAGAACAAGAGAGAAGACCCAGAAACUUGGAGGCUCUUCAAGUGCCCUAAGGUUCUGCCGGAACCCAAUCUUCUCCAGAAACCCGCAACCGUGUCCUGUAAAGCUCUGCCCAAGCCCGAAGUAUUUUUGCCGCGGAGAAUUUUCCGUCUCAGGCUGGAGAUUUGUUCUCCCGAUUCAUUUUCUGCCACUCCGGAACCCUUGCCGGAUUCUCCUUACCCCGGAGAUGCCGAAUGCUUGCAGAAGCUCGAUGACUGCCUUUCAGUUGUCAUGCCUUUGCGGUAUACUCAAAAUCAAAGUGGCGGGAAUGGUUCUGUUUAUAAUCUCUGCGACUACGACGUGGUUUUAAAGUGUUUAAAAUCUUCCAAAGGCAUUGACUGUCAGGAGAUUCCUCAUCUAACGCUAAGAGCUGUUCAGUCGCUAUCACAUUCUUUUGUCACUGGGCGUUGGAUACCUUGCAGACCAGAACAUUUGCCUGAUGAUGUGGUUGAUUCUUUGAUAGGAUCAUUGCCUAAAACGUUAUUGGAUUCACUUUUUCCGUUUCAACUUGAUGGUGUGAGGUAUGCCUUGCGUAGAGGUGGACGUUGUCUCAUUGCAGAUGAGAUGGGCCUAGGGAAAACUCUCCAGGCAAUUGCAAUUGCGAGCUGUUUUAUCAAUGAAGGUCCUAUCCUUGUUGUUUGCCCAGCUAUUCUGAGAUAUUCUUGGGCAGAAGAAUUGGAGCGUUGGCUUCCUUUUUGUUUACCCACAGAUAUCCAUCUUGUUUUUGGUCACGAAAAUAAUCCAGCCCGUCUAACAAGAUGUCCAAGAGUUGUGGUUAUCUCAUACACAAUGCUUCACCAUCUUCGCAACAGUAUGCUAGAACUCGAGUGGGCUCUUGGGAUUGUUGAUGAAUCUCACCAUAUACGAUGUUCAAAAAAGGCUUCAGAACAUCCAGAGAUUCAAGCUGUACUUGAUGUUGCAAAGCUAGUCAAACGCAUAAUACUGCUCUCUGGAACUCCUUUGUCAAGGCCGUUUGACAUCUUUCAUCAAAUAGAUAUGCUAUGGCCUGGUCUGCUCGGGAAGAACAAAUUUGAGUUUGCAAAAAAUUACUGUCAGAUAAAACCCGAUCUGCCUUCUCAAGCCAUGAUUUUCAAGCGGGAUUUUUCAAAGGGCAUUCGUUUGGAGGAGUUAAAUGUGCUACUGAAGCUUACUGUCAUGAUAAGGCGUUUGAAGGAGGAAGUGCUGGUACAAUUACCACCCAAACGUCGACAAGUCAUAAGAUUGGUGUUGAAAAAGUCUGAUAUUAUGUCUGCAAAAGCUGCUAUUAGGAACAAUGGCACUACUCCAAUGGAAACCCGAGAGGAAGGCAAACUCCAUUUGAAUGAGGACGGCGAUUUCUGUGGAAAAUUGGGGAAUCUUUCUUAUCAAGAAGUCGGUAUUGCUAAGCUUUCUGGGUUUUGCAAUUGGCUUUCCAUUCAUCCAAUUGUCACAAAUGUAGGGGCUCCAAGAAAUUCAGACAUGGUUCUUAACUCCCCAAAAAUGAUAAUAUUUGCUCAUCACCAUGCUGUUCUUGAUAGAAUUCAGGCAUUCACAUGUCAGAAGGGAGUCGGUUUCGUCCGUGUUGAUGGACUUACAAGUGCUUUGGAUAGGCAGUUGGCUAUAAAAUCUUUCCGUUCAUCACCAGAGGUCAAGGUUGCGAUAAUUGGAAUAACUGUUGGGGCUCUUGGACUGGACUUAUCAGUAUCUGAAAACAUUGUUUUCUUGGAGCUUCCGAAAACUUCUAAUGAAUUGCUUCAGGCAGAGGAUAGAGCUCAUAGGCGAGGGCAAACAAAAGCAGUCAAUGUGUACAUUUUUUGUGCAAAGGAUACCUUGGAUGAGUCACAUUGGCAGAAGCUAAACAAGAAACUCUACUGUGUCUCAUCUGUGACAAAUGGGAAAAAGGAUGCUGUUGAAGAGAUAGGGGUUGAAAAUGUUUCUGGUCAAUAUCAAGAAGGUAGUUUUGCACAAUACAAAAGUUCUGAACACAAUGAGAAUGAAGAUAUGAAUGUUGAUAAAAAAAUGUUCUUGGAGAAUCUAGUAUCUGGUGAACUUCCUCAGGAGGAGACAGUGGAUCCCCAUAGCACUGUAUUAAACCAGGGAGUGCGCAAAAUGUAUAGAGGACAGAUGAUGGCCAUGGAUGAAUCUCAUAAGCAGAUAGACAGUGAUGGGUAUAGUUCAACGCAAGAAGAUUUGAUUCAUUUUGAGUAUGGUAGGGAUUCUAAUCUUGAGAUGGCUGAUGAUUCCUGUCCGAGUGGAAGCUUGGAAGGCGAUGCUUGCGAAGCUAGAGAGCCACGAAGUUCUGUCAUAGCCUCUGCAUGCAAAUUGUAUGAGAGUACCGACAAAAAUGAGCCUUUGGCUAACAUGGAACUUGAAGGGGUUUUGUUUCCCAAUGCAGAGCUCCCUAGUGAUCAAAAGUACAGUGGAAAUACAGAGAGAGAUUAUGGAAGAAGUACUGUGCUCAUUGAGGCUAGUGCAGCUGGUUCUAUUCUGUCAGAUUGUUUGCGAUUUGAGGUUAGCCAGUAUACUGGAAGGAUCCAUUUGUACUCUUGUGUUUCAGGAAGGGAUCCAAGACCAAAACCACUUUUUCAGAAUUUUCAGCCUGAGGAAAUUGAGUCACUGAAUUUUUCAGCUGCCGGUAUAAACAAGGGAAGAGCUCCCAAAUUUAUCCAGGAAAAUCCCAUCUACCUUGAUGUUCUUCUAGUGUUUAUCACGGAGUGGAAUGAUCUGACAGCCUUUCAGAAAAAGAAAUUGCUUGGAAAGCCAUUACAACUGCCCUUAAGCCUUGAGCUGUGCCAUCUGAAAGAAAGCCUCAACCAUGGAACUGGGGGACUCCUAAAAGGUGGAAGCAAAAGACGUGCAACACCUUUAUAUGAUAUAAGCCAUCCACUGCCAGAAAAUGCUCUAUGGAAGAUGGUUUGUCUUCGUAGUGGGAAUGGGAAGAAGGAAAAAACUUAUGCCCAAGGAUGGUCCAUGACAGAUGAACCACUCUGUAAACUCUGUCAAGCACCAUGCAAGGGAAAGCUUGCUAAGACACCUGAAUAUUUAGAGGAUCUGUUCUGUACUCUGGACUGCUUUGAAGAAUAUCGUAUAAGAACCAGUCAAAGUUCACUACGUGAGGCACUUUUCCAAAUUGAGCGUGGCAUAUGCAGAAAGUGCAAACUAGACUGCCAUAAACUCAUCAAAUGCAUAAAACCCUUGUCUAUUGCAAAGCGAAAAGCGUAUAUUGAGAAGGAAGCUCCCAAAGUAUCAAGGCAUAAGAACUUAUUCGAGAAGCUUGUUCAUGAACCAAUUGAGGGUAAUGCAUGGCAUGCGGACCACAUAGUACCCAUCUGUCGAGGAGGAGGGGAAUGCAGACUGGAGAAUAUGAGAACACUGUGUGUUGCCUGUCAUUCUGAGGUUACUGCAUCUCAAUGCAUGGAACGACGCUUGGCAAGGGCUAAGGCUAAGGAGCAACUCAAAGAAAUCAUGAAAAGUAUAAAAAAUGGAAGCAAUACUGAGCAGAUGAGCUCCGACUUAGAGGGCCACGGGCAUUCGGACAUGCAGGAGGUUACAGACGAUGAACUGCUUAUCAAGGUUCCUGGGAGUGCGUACUCAGAGAGCACAGGACCAGAAAAAAUAUCUUCUGAAGCUUAGAUGCCAAAGGACAGAAAAGCUGCAAAAUAUAUCAACAAUGUAGUGAUGAAUUUGUGUCAUCCAUAAUGAAUAUAGUUGUGAUAAGGAUUUUUUUUUUACCCCUUGUAAUUUUUCUGCGUUCUCUUAGGUAACUUCACCUCUAGUGUAUUGAAUUUUUUCCCUAACCGUCCAAAUGUUGAUUAAAUUUAUUGAUUGCCAUAGGGUGUGAUGCUUUUGGGGAUGAAACGCUCCUUUAAAGUGACAACGAAAUGCUAGCCCUCACACAAUCUCUCAUCUCUAAUGCCUGAUCGUUGGUAAAUAUUAUUUGGGAACAGGCUCUUCUGAGCCUAAGGCAUACAA